CUGGGCUUGUGUAGUUUUAAGUUUGAGUAAACAGGUAAAAUCCAGCAUUCGCUGGCGGUAGUUACAGCUCUUUACCAGCAGGGAGCGCUGUCGUUUGUGUAAAGGUGCUGGUGGCUGCGCUCUGCUGUAAAACGCAGGACAGCAGACGGGAAACCUCUCACGAACAAAUGGCGUCCCUCCAGUGCGAAGCAGCUGAUUUCCCACCGAGCACGACAGCGGGGACGGCGGAGAGGUAAACACACCACCCCCGGAUUUCUUCCUGUGCAACCAGAUAGCCCGGGGCUUUCAGCGGGAUUUGUCUAGCUGGCUGCUGGGUUGAACGUUGCGCACUCCUCGGUAAUCGAGCUUAGACCGCUGCUCCGGCGUACAAACAAUCCUACUGUCAAGCAAAAUACAGGAGAGUCUCAGCUGCAGCUUACUCUCCCCUCCUGUUAGCUUAUUUUUCCUAUUUUCACCGAUGGUGCUCGGUGUUUUGCUUUACGAGGGCCUGGUUUCAGGCGCUGCACGCGACAGUAGCGGGUCAAAUGUUUCCACCCCGACGUCGGAGGGACACAUAAUGAACAUGGGCAUCACCCCCUCAGAGAUAUCCUCCUCCUCCUCCUCCUCCUCUUCUUCCUCCUCCACCGCCUGACUGGUUGGCUGCCUCUUUGCUAAUCCAAUUCAGGAGAUCAUCUUUUCCACCUUUUGCUGAGGUUACACCAUCAAGACGGCGUUAUCUCAGAAAGCCAGCUCUGUGGCGGUGAAGAUGACCACGGCACGGUACCGUCCCACCUGGGAGCUGGCCGUGGAUCCCCUGGUCUCGUGUAAGCUGUGCCUUGGAGAGUUCCCACUGGAGCAGAUGACCACCAUCACACAGUGCCAAUGUGUCUUCUGUACACUGUGCCUGAAGCAGUAUGUGGAACUCCUGAUCAAAGAAGGCCUUGAAACUGCAAUUAGCUGUCCAGACUCUGCCUGUCCCAAGAGAGGACACCUGCAGGAAAAUGAGAUUGAGUGCAUGGUGGCCACGGAGAUGAUGCAGAGAUACAAGAAGCUUCAGUUUGAAAGAGAGGUGCUUCUGGACCCAUGCCGGACAUGGUGCCCUUCUUCAACCUGCCAGGCCGUGUGCCAACUGAAGGAGGCGGAUUCUCCAGCGCUGCCCCAGCUGGUCCAGUGCGCCGUCUGUGCCCUCGAGUUCUGCUCAGCCUGCAAGGCGAACUGGCACCCCGGGCAGGCCUGCCAGGAGAAUAACCUGCCCAUCACCUCCUUCCUACCAGGAGAAAACAGCUCUUUCUAUAAGAACGAAGAGGACGACGCACCGAUCAAGCGCUGUCCAAAAUGUAAAGUUUAUAUUGAGAGGGACGAGGGCUGCGCACAAAUGAUGUGCAAGAACUGCAAACAUGCCUUCUGCUGGUACUGUCUGGAGUCCCUGGAUGACGACUUUCUGCUGAUCCACUACGACAAAGGGCCCUGUCGAAACAAACUAGGCCACUCCAGGGCGUCUGUUAUCUGGCACAGAACACAGGUUGUUGGGAUCUUUGCCGGCUUCGGCUUGCUCCUGCUGGUUGCCUCCCCCUUCCUCCUACUGGCCACUCCCAUCGUUCUCUGCUGCAAGUGCAAAUGCAGCAAAGGAGACGACGACCCGCUGCCAACCUAAUACAUGUCAUCUGAGCUGGAGCGGAGAGCCGCUUCAAGGAUGGGCCAUCUUUUUUUCCUUUCAACCCUUUACGUUCUUUUCCUCUCACCAGCUUUGAGCGCUUCUUUUUUUCGGGCCUGCAGCCCAGGGGCCGCUUUGGGAUCCAUCGCUCUGCAUGAGAGAGGCGUGGUGGAAAAGUGACCAUUCACCUCGGCCUGAAGAAGAAGUCUACGGUCAGAGGAGGUCGGACUUUACUGAGGACCGCCGUGUCGGUUUGUGUGACGUUAUGGGUUUUGGGAAUGUGGAGCAAACUGGGGCAACUUCAAGUGGAACUUGUUGUGGGUUACUGUUGUGUGGGGUAUUUUGACGAACUCAUUAAAGGCAAAGAAAAAUCAAAGUUAAUGAUUUUUUUCUUGUAUGGACAGUAUCAUGCAAGAACUUUUACUUUAUUGCUAUGUUUUGUCAGUUUGUCGUACGCAACAAAAGCUUUCCCCCUCCUCCACAACGCUCAAUGUAGCUCUACAGCUUCAGUCAGUAGCAUUAGAGUCACACCAUGCAUGUAUGGUGUUCACUCGAUUUGCACACAGAGCGCGAUUCCUGCGUCACGCUCACGACUGAGGUAGAGAUGGGAGGCUGUCGUCACUCACAGCUUACUGUACAGCACGUCCUCUUGAUGAUGUCAAUGUUUUAUAACCUGUUGCUUUUAAUAGAACCGUGCUCAGAGUAGUGUCUGUGUUGUACAUUUCAAUGUUUUCAUAACUUUAAGGUACACUUCUUAAAGGGGAUAGCCACUCACGGCUAAAAACACAUGUAAAGCUUAUGUUUUAUAACCAAAUCUUCUUUUUUAUUUUAAAAUCCUGUUGCCAUCACUUUUGUUGAUAUUUUUUACAAGCAUACUGUCAUUGAACAUUGUAGCCAUCUUUCUUAGAGAAGGUUUUUUUUCACAUUUAUUGUUUUAGACCACAUUAUGUCCUUAUUUGAGUGGCAUUCCCCUUUAAAUUCAGAAUUAAUGUGAAAGUCUAUCAGAGGACUUUGUAUCCACAUGUUGUGGGAACAUUUUAAUACAUAAAGAGAGAUGUCACUCCUGUAAUUCUCAGUCCCCAGGUUGUGGUUCAGCCAAAUAGAAAUAAAUAGCCUUAAAUUGAGCCAAAA